CUUCAGCACAUCCGCCUGACCUGCUACUGUUUACAAACCACCAACAUUUCCGAAACAGCAUAAUGAGGAGCCGUGCAUGACCGGGGACAGGUAUCGGAAUCAAAGUUUAUGGAUUAUCAUGUGCCACUACGGACACUUAUAUUAACCUGUAAACAUCCUCUUCUUCUGAGUCUUGGCUGAGGAGAAUUACAAGGCUGUGACAGUCCGGCUGGGUCGCCGUCAUGCAGCACCCCAACUUUGAGACCCGCCACCCGCUCCAGACGGACGAGCAGCAGGAGACGGGCUUCGACCCGCUCCACAAUUUCAACAAGAACCGCAGCAGAGGAUCUCUUGACAGCAGUGGUUACUCACAGUCUCAGUCAACCUUCCUCUCAUAUAGGAAAGAAUGGGACGACUUGUUCCUCAACAGUAAUUACCUGGCCAGGAUCCGGCAGGCAGGCAUCAACGGUCGACUGAGGAGCAGCCGCUUUCGGAGCGUAUGCUGGAAGUUGUAUUUGGAGGCUCUUCCAGAAGACAAGAGUCAGUGGAUCAACAAGACCAAGGAGCUCCGAGCCCAGUAUGAGAAGAUUAAAGAAACGCACAUCACGAACCCUCGCAAGGCUGCAGGCCAGCAGGACCUGGUGGUCAACAACCCGCUGUCACAGGAUGAGGGGAGCCUGUGGAACAAGUUCUUCCAGGAUAAAGAGCUGAAGGGGAUGAUCAAACAAGAUGUGUUGAGAACGUUCCCUGAGAUUCGUUACUUCCAAGACGAGGACGUGAGGACCAAGCUGACGGACAUCCUCUUCUGUUAUGCCCGAGAAAAUGAACAAUUACUUUAUAAACAGGGUAUGCACGAGUUACUGGCUCCCAUAGUGUUUGUGCUGCACUGUGACCAUCAAGCCUUCCAGCAUGCCAGCGAGACUGCCAGCCCCAGUGAGGAGAUGAAGUGUCUGUUGAACCCACUGUUCCUUGAGCAUGAUGCCUAUGCAUUGUUCUCCCAGCUGAUGGACACAGCAGAACCAUGGUUCUCCAGCUUUGAGAGGGAAGUGAGGAGGGGAAAAGAAGAGAUGCUGACCAGCAUCCCAUUUGCUCGGCCCCAGGACGCAGGACCAUCUGUUGCCAUAGUGACCAAAGUCAACCGCAUCCAGGACCAGUUGGUGAAGAAGCAUGACGUGGAGCUGCACAUGCACGUCAACCGGCUGGAGAUCGCCCCACAAAUCUAUGGCAUCCGGUGGGUACGUCUGCUGUUUGGCCGCGAGUUUCCACUUCAGGACCUACUGGUGGUGUGGGACGCACUGUUUGCUGACAGCAUCACUCUGGACCUGGUGGACUACAUCUUUGUGGCCAUGCUGCUCUAUAUCCGAGAUGCCCUCAUUGCAAGUAACUUCCAGACCUGCCUGGGCCUGUUAAUGCACUACCCUCCAAUAGGAGACAUCAACGCUCUGCUGCAGAAGGCUCUGUUCCUCCGAGAUCCCAAAAACAAUCCACGACCUGUAAACUACCAGUUUCAGCAGAACCUGGAUUACUACAAAACAAGGGGAGCUGAUCUGAACAAAACACGCUCGGGCUCCAGUGUAAAAACGGCUCCCCUCAACAUCAACAAAGUCUCCAGCAGCCUGCUGAGCUUCGGCAGGAAGCUCAUUGCUCCAGCCAUUUCGGGUGGUUCCAGCGGCAUCUCACCAAUCAACAGUGAGGUACACUCCUCCUCCUCCUCCUCGUCUUCCACCUCUCCUGCCUCAGCCCCUGCGCCUAUCCUGAGUCACCCACUUGCUGAGCCUCCAUCAGGCCAGGCGCCACUGCAGAGCCAGAGCCAGAGCCAGCACUACCGCCUGCUCAAGUCUGAGAGCAUGCCUGUUCAUCUCAGCAAAGAUGUAGUUUCAGGUGGAGUGUCUCAGGUCUCUCUCCCAGCCCAGACUCACACUGACACAGAAGGCCAAAGCUCCAGAACAGUAAGUUCCUCUCCCAGCAUAGAAAGCUUCUCUGGUGGGCGUGGUCAGGCCACUGCCUCUCCACCCCUCCCCCCAUCCAGAGGGAGUGAUGUCAGCACUUCAUCACCUCCCCUUUCCGCCACCAAGAAGGAGUCCUUCUUCAACAUCACUCGCUCACGUUCCCACAGCAAGACCAUGGGCAAGAAAGAGGCGGAGGAGGACCUGGAAGCCCAGGUGUCUUUCCUGCAGGGUCAGAUCAACGACCUGGAGGCUAUGAGCAAAUACUGUGCCAAGAUGAUGAACAACCACAUCUGUAAAAUCCAGGAAGUGAUUCUCGAGGAACAUUUGAAGAAAGAAGAUGAGGUCUUGGUUUCACUGGCAGGACUCAAACAGAUUAAAGACAUCCUGAAGGGGGCACUGCGCUUCAACCAAAGCCUGCUGGAGGCUGAAGAGAACGAGGAGAUCACCAUCGCUGACGAUCACUACACCUUGACAGCGGCUGCGGAAAAUGCUCUGAGUUCCAACAGUCACCACGGUGACGACCAGCAGCCAGGCGACAGCAGACCGAGUCGAGACUCCGACCUCGACGGGAGCGUGAGCACGGAUGAGAAAGAAGAGGAGGAGCAGGCGAUGACCCCCCCUGAGCAACAGGUGGCAUCUUCUCUCGGCUCCGAGGGUAAGAACUGGGACGACUACAUCCUUGUAUCCCAGGAAGAAGACCUGCAGGCUGCCGAGGGAGCAGGAGGAGGAGGAGGAGGAGGAGGAGGAGGAGAAGAAGGAGAAGAAGCUGAAGAAGGUGGAGUAGGAAGGGCUGCAGCCGAGCACACCCCUCCGAUCAGGCGAGGCCGCGGCAUGGUGCGAAUGGAGCCUGAGGGUGCGGCAGGGACCUUCCACGACCCCCUGAUGGCCGGCCCCACCUCCGGCUCCUCCAGCCCAGACGAGGGCUCCACCAACAGCAAGGACUCUGACUUCACCAUCGUCAAUCCAAAUGACCUGUGAACCACCCCUUCUUUGUUCCCCUCCUCUUCUUAUACCUGUAUCGUAUCCCAUUCAGAGGGUGUGAUAAAAGAAAACUGACUCGGGAUUAGAGGAUGUGGGGCUGGGGUUUGCAGUUUUUGGUGAAGCUGCUGUCGGCUAAAAAAUUGCACAUGUGGACUAUGACACUUUGGCUCAUCAAAGAGAGCCAGCAAGUCACCGAAACCUUGUACUCUGUCUCUUUAACUGUCAUCUGUGCCACUUCAGUCCUGUCUGAACUGAUGCUGUAUACUAUCUCAUCUACCUAAUGCCUGUCUCCCUAUUACGUUUGGGCCUACCGCAGGCACCAACCUCCUCACCUGUCACUCAUGAUGUUUAACUGUAGCGCCCUGCUCCACAGAGAGAGGGCGCCAUCGAACUGCUUACCCUGUCACUACAAGAUUACUCUGAAGAGUUGGACCUCAAACUGCAAUUCAAUUUAUGGAGGGGGGGGGGACUCUCUCUCCCUCCUCUUGAGCUUACUGUGCUGAUUUGGGAAUGUGAUGCUCUGCUUCUUCUGAAUGUGGAGAUUUGGCCAUACCUCUCUACCUGUGUCAUGUCUGUCUCUGUUUGUCCUUUACAGGGGAAGCUGUCUUCUCUGAUACUCAUAGGAAAGAAGGAUGAUUGUCCCUCUGUCAGUUGUCAAGGGCAGCUUUCUCCUCUCCCCAUCCUAAACCAGUGCCUCUGACCAUUACUCUUUAACUCAACCAAACAAAACCUGAAUCUGUGAUCUUAUUCCUUUUUUUGUUAGAUUUUUUUUUUUUU